ACUUGCUAAUUCACGUCAACGAUUUUGAUUAGAUUACGUGAAAAUAUGAAUAGAAAAGUAAAAAAGGAGAAAAAAAUAACAAUAUAACUGAAGUUAAAAGACUCAACUACAAUUGCUCGUGUUCUCUUCACCUUAAUCAGCUUCGAUCCACCACAUAAUCUUUCUUUUUUUUAUCUUCCGGUGAGUCUCCGUUGGGAGGCAAGUGAAGGAUGUCCUCCUCGUUGGUGAAAAUGGUGCUUUUUUGUUUAAGACCGGUGCGGCGGUACGCUCUUAUGAUCAAGGACGAUGAAGAUGACAGUGAUGAUCACGACGACUCGCUCCUUUGGUCUAGGGAACUAGAGAGGCAUUCUCUAGGUGAUUUCUCCAUGGCCGUGGUGCAAGCUAAUGAGGUCAUUGAGGAUCACAGCGAAGUUGAGACUGGGAAAGGAGCAGUCUUCGUCGGAGUUUACGAUGGACACGGUGGUCCCGAAGCUUCUAGAUACAUCUCUGACCAUCUCUUUGCCCAUUUAAUAAGAAAUUCGAGAGAACGUGGUGUCAUUACAGAGGAAACUCUUAGGGGUGCGUUUUCUGCAACCGAGCGAGGGUUCCUCACGCUUGUGCGAAGGACACGUGGAUUGAAACCGUUGAUUGCAGCCGCUGGAUCUUGCUGUCUUGUCGGAGUUAUCAGGAAAGGGACCUUGCUUAUCGCUAACCUUGGUGAUUCCCGUGCUGUGCUUGGCUCCAUGAACAGGUCAAACAAGAUUGUAGCUGAGCAAUUGACAAGUGACCACAAUGCUGCUCAGGAAGAAGUCAGACAAGAGCUUAGGUCUUUGCAUCCGGAUGAUCCGCGCAUCGUUGUCCACAAACAGGGUGUGUGGCGCAUCAAAGGAAUCAUUCAGGUAUCUAGAUCAAUAGGGGAUGCGUACCUGAAGCGCCCAGAGUUCUCUCUUGGUCCUUCGUUUCCACGAUUCCAUCUCCCUGAAGGGCUACAAAGACCGGUUCUAUCAGCAGAGCCUUGCGUCUACACAAGAGUCUUACAAACAAGCGAUAAGUUUGUGAUAUUCGCAUCAGAUGGACUCUGGGAGCACGUGAGCAACCAGCAAGCUGUAGAGAUAGUGCAUAAACAUCCUCGUCCCGGAAUAGCGAGAAUGCUGGUGAGAAGAGCAAUGAACAUAGCGGCGAAGAAGAAAGGGAUGAUGUACGAUGAUUUGAAGAAAGUGGAGAGAGGAGUUAGGAGAUUCUUUCAUGAUGAUAUAACGGUGGCUGUGAUAUUCAUAGACAAUGAGCUUCUUAUGGUGGAGAAAGCUACUGUUCCUGAGCUAUCUAUUAAAGGUUUCUCUCAUACCGUUGGACCUUCCAAGUUCAGUCUCUUCUUCUCUUAA